AUGGUGGAUUUUGUGGACUUGGCCAAUGGUCAUCGCUAUUUGUUGGAACGGAUACUGGGCGCAGCAGACGAUGAUUUUGCCAAGAUCGAAAAUGAUUAUCCAGCUUCGAAUGGCUUUCAAUAUGAAACAACCACAGCGCAAUCGUCGCAAUCGGCAUUGGAUUCCUCCUCGUAUUAUACGGGAUCCACUCCUGUCUUGUCCAAAUCGGCGGAAGCGGAGUUGUAUCUCUUGGCUACCAAUUUUUUGUUAUACGUGGCCAUGGUGAUUAUCACAAUCAUGGUGGCCAAGAUUUACUUUCCGGAAUCCUUGAAACGAGGACAUUUGGAAGCCAAUUUUGACAAGCAACGACCCUACUCGUAUCGACGAAAGAGUUCUUACAAAGAUAGCAAUAACGAGAGUAGCGAAGAAGAAGAUCUCAUGUUGGAAUACGACGUCGAAUUGGAAGAGGAUGAAUUGGAAGCCUUGUACAGUGAUGAAGAUGAGGAAUUCUUGCGAAGUGAUGAUUCCUCACCUUCUGGGGAUGAGGCCUCGUGGAUGUUUGAUUCGGACCACAACUUUUUGGAGUUUGAUCAAGAACAAGCCUCUCGCUCUCAAGUCGUCAAGCGUCUGUUAUUUUGCAGUCUCAUGCUCAACAUCACCUUUGUCACCUGGGGUGUCUUGCAAGAACGCAUGCUCACUCGAAGGUAUCCACGACACACGGGAGACUUUUUCACCUAUUCCUACGCCUUGGUCUUUUCCAAUCGAUUUUGGACGCUGGUCAUGUCGGGCAUGAUGCUCUUGUGGUUGAAACCACGGGCGUCGCGUACGACAAUUCUGUACGAGUAUUCCUUUCCCAGUAUAUCCAACAUGUUGAGUAGUUGGUGUCAAUACGAAGCCUUGCGAUAUUUGAGUUUUCCGGCCACUACCAUUUUCAAAUCCUUCAAGUUGGCGCCAGUUAUGCUCAUGGGAAAACUGUUGGGAAACAAAACUUACCCGGUGUAUGAUUACGUUGUUGCUUUGGUCAUUGGAAUCGGGAUUGCCAUGUUUAUGAGCUCGACUGAUGAUUUGAGCUGGGGAACUAACUAUUUGGGAACUGCGGAGGUAGCGUCGGCCAAGUGGACGGGCGUCAUGCUCUUGUGUUUGUUUCUGUUCUUUGACAGUUUUACCAGUCAAUUUCAAUCGCGCAUGUUCCAACGGCAUGUGGAUUUGAGCAUGAUCGAACUCAUGUUUGCCACUUCGGCCUUUUCGACCGUCUUGUCACUGAUUACUCUCAUUCAUACCCAUGAGUUGGGACCAGCUUUGGAGUUUGUCUACCAGCAUUCGGAGAUUCAUUUGCACUUUUUCAUGUUCUCCAUUUGCUCGACGAUUGGACAACUUUUCAUCUUUUAUACCAUCAAGAACUUUGGUGCCGUGGUCUUUACCCUGAUCAUGACCACAAGGAUUCUGCUCAGCAUCGCUCUGUCAUGUUUCCUGUACGGACAUCAGGUCUCUGGAACCGGCUUUUUGGGUCUCAUGGCCGUCUUUGGUGCCGUUUUGUAUCGCAUCCGACGCAAGGCAGAGGGUAACCAGUUGAUCAAGUGGCAAGGUAUUGACGACGAAAAGGGUGGGGAGCUCUUUUCAGAAUGGCACGAACACUUGGACAUGUAA